CGACUGGAGAGGAAGCAGACUGGCUGCAACUCCUGCACAUCCUGACAUCUGCAGCUGGGGCACUCAAUCUCAAAACAAAGAAAUGAUUCAAGCUCUGCUCAACAGGUGGCUCCACUCCUACACACAGAGCCUUACGAGACGAGAAAACGCGAGACUUCAGGAGACACAAUGAUUGCCAACCUGCUACGUAAGCGCACAGCUCAACACAAUAAUAAAAUGGCGAUUCACAACCAUCAGUCAGGAAAUAUAUGGCUUCACGCAUGCGCAAUGGCUUACAUGUGGCUCGGCUUGGCGUCCAUCGUGGCAGCACACGCAGAGAACAACCAUGAGUCGGCAACUGAUAUGGACUCCAUAUUAGAAAUCAUUAAUACUCAAGAAGUGGAAAGACUUUUGGCUGCACGAAAAGAAAAUAUUAGCAGGGAGGAGAGGCGUUACCUUGGACAAAACGCUUUAGAAGAUAUCGAAAUAUCUGAGCAAGAAGACAACGUCUCAGAAAAGGAUUCUGAAUAUGAUUUUCGACAACAGCUGAACAAUUCCGGUGCCCGGAAGUUCGUCAGCCGACAACUGGGAGCAUCACGUAAAACUCAUACCAUUGGAUUAGAAUCUCUUCUGAAGAAAAGUAACGAAACUUUCCCGCAUAGUUCACACGAUAUUUUGGCGGAAUUGGGUGGUUACAGUGGAGACAAACUUCUCAAAUCUGGCAAGAAUGCUCUCAUGGUUACUAAGAAGGAAUAUCUGAAGCGUGAUUGGUGUAAAACCGAACCAUUGGUGCAGAGAAUUCGUGAGGAUGGAUGCCUUACACGGACGGUCAUCAACCGUUUUUGUUAUGGGCAAUGUAAUUCGUUUUAUAUACCCAGGAAUCCACGCCGACGUAGGACAGGACGCAGGGAACCUGAGGAAGAAGAUGAAACCGACGCUCCAGCUUUCAAAUCAUGUGCUUUCUGCAAACCGAAAAAAUCAUCUUGGAUCACUGUUACACUUAACUGUCCCUCAUUGAGUCCACAGAUAAGAAAAAGGCGUGUUCUCAGGAUUAAACAAUGUAAAUGUAUUACAGAAGUUUUCAACUGAAGAUAAAUUACUAAUGAGAAGUUACUGAAAAGUUUCGUCAAAGAAUAUUCCUUCCAAACCCAGGAAAAUGAACGAAUGAUUUUAAUGGUUGGCUUUAAAUUUCGAGAGUUCCAGCAAAUGAUGGAAAAUCAUGAGGUCAACGGUAAGGGCAAGGAGGGCAUUAAGAUCGGAUGCCAGUUUCUCGUAUUUGGUAAAAAACUAAAAAACCUUAUUCCAAUAUACAGAGGAAUAAAAGUGCUGUAUUUUGUUUUAAUUAGACAACGAAAGAGCAUUCCAAAAUAUGUGACAUGUUUCAUAAUUCUCAUAAUGAUUUCUGAAGUUUAAGAAUUUUUGCAUAACUUUAACUCCACAAGCGCUAGUAUUAUUGUAUACAAACAUCAACUUAAAGAAAUUGCUAAAUUAAUAAUUCAAUUAUAUAUAUGUAUAUAUAUGUUCUGGUGUAGCGUCCUUUGAAAAUUCAACAACGUUUAUUUUUAUUUCUUAUCUCAACGUGCCGCGCCAUUCGUUAUCAUAUUCUGCUGUCAGCAUUCAGCGCUCAUACAAGCCGUCAAGUGGCGUCUCCAACGGAGUCCCCACGAACUCUUCGCACGAAAGGAGCUGACGUUACAUUAUAUAUGCAUAUGAAGUCCUUAUUAACUUCAGAUUUGUGAAAAAGAUCGCUCCAUAUGUUUCUCGACUACGUAGUUAUAAUAAGAUGCCAAUAGAUGUCACAUGCUACAAAACGUAGCAACAUUUGUAAGAGUCGAAAUUUUCGACACUCGGCACUUGUAGGGUUAAGCGAGAUUGUUAUCUUCAUGUAUAGAUAAACAGAUUACAAUGCUUAAAUUGUACAAAGGAAAACAUUUAUUCUUAUAGUGAAGAAAGUUCUUCAUUUAUAAACUAUUUAAUUGGCAUUUUAAAGUACUACAUUUCUAGUCGCAAGUAUUAUUAAGUUCUAUGAUAUAUAAAUUACUAAUAUUCAAAUAGAUUUCACGUAAGUUAGCAUUUAACUAAUAAUUAAAUAAUGCAACCAUUGUUUAGUGUACAGGAAUGUCAAUUUCUCGUAUUCGUAGUGGAAACUAUAUACCUGUGAUUGUAUGUAAGCCAUUCAAAUUGAUUUUAAACGACAUAAAUAUAAUUACUUUGUUCACUCAUUUGCAAUGGAUGUAAGAGCCUACAGUACGUAUUACGGCAUCUUAUGAUACAUUUUAUACUGCAAUAUUAAAGGUAAGGCUAUCCCUGUAACGAGCCGUGGAGGCCAAUGUGAGAGGUCGAGGCUCGCACAUUUUCUAUAUAAU